AUGAAGCCUACAAAAGCCAAAGAAACGUAUGAUUGUGGUCAAAAAGAAAUUGAAGUCGAAAGGGAUAAACGAAAGAGAAUCAAAACUAAAAAGAACAAAGUUGAGAUUUUGGUCAAUACUAGAGCUCCGAUAUGGAAAAGACAUGACGUUGAAAGAGAUGAUUGCAAAGUACCUGAUCGCUCUCAAGACUCUGCUGUCAGAAGGAAAGAAAAAUCGAACAGUGACUCCGAAGUGAAGCAUGGAUAUGAUGCUGGAGCUGCCAAAAAUGAAGUAGGCAGUCGUAUAUUUGACCCUGGAGGAAUUUUACUGGAAAGUUAUUAG